AUGGCCCGGAGCACCAAGCAGCUCCCGGGCAUAAACGCGUCGUGUUCACCAAAGAAAGAACCAUCGGUGAAGAGUGGAAACUGGCCCACCAAGUUAAUUUCGAAUUGGCAUGGGUUCGGCACAUCGUUGAACGUGGCCGACGCACUCCACAUCCAGGAUGCGGCACCAAUCACCGACACCGCGUUGGACUUCCACAACAUUGUCCUCGACAUUCGCCAUCCGAGACUGGAGAACGGGAAAACCUGGAUCGCCCUCGACGUUAAGGCUUAUGACUACAUGGCGACUCAGAAGAAGCUUAUCGCUUGCUGCGAAGACAAGGACACCUUCUUGCGCGUCGACUAUGACGCUUGUCGCACCGUCCGACGGUGGGGACGCACCACCACCGCCACGGCUAUGGCUCUGACCUGGGAGAUCCCGCGGCAGCCCGAGAAGAGCCUGGACUGUGGCAUCUACGCUGGCAUGUACCUUCAUACCCAUGUUACCACCGCCUUCCAGCGCCUUGGUGGCCCGAUCGCCUUCACGACCUCUCCUGCCCGUUAUCGCCGCGACUGGCGGGCAGACAUGUGCGCCCAUAUCUCUGGGAAUCUGCUGUCUGCACUUCAGACAGCGGGAAUCGAGCUUCCACCACAGAAGCUCACGGCCAGGUGCCCCGUACCUGUAAGUGCCGAAGUGUCGGAGAUGAGCGGUGUGGUCCGGGAGACGAGCUCCGAAGUGCAGCUCAUAAAAAAGGAGGUCGCGGCUCUGCGCGCCGAUUACACAGAUCUCCUGGCCAAGUACGACAACUUGAGCCUGCAGCUGAGCGAGCGUGUGGCAGCGCUCGAGAAGGGCCGGGCGGCGGCAAACAAGGAGGGCAUUGUGGGCGCCCCGGGACAGCCAGACGCCGGUUCGCCCUCCAAGCGGGUGGAUUCUUGCCCAGAUCCUGGUCUCAACGACACCGCGGCCUCCCCCCUUGCAGGUUUUCGGGUUGCCUCGCGGCUUGGGGCCAACCAAGAAGCAGCGCCGCAGCAGCAGAACGUGGCAGCGUCGCGCGAAGGCCAAUACGCCCCCGCAUCGCCAUCUACAGCCCCCGCUCAUGCAACUGCGCAGCAGCCGAGCGUGCCACCAGCACGGGACGCGGUGUACUUUCCGCAUGCGGCAUCUCGACCACCCGCGCCGCAGCGUCCAGUCGCUCCUAUCCAAGCUCCUCCACGCCCACCAGCGCCCAUAUUCCAUCAAGGAUACUCUCCCUUGCCGCAAUAUCCGCCACCACCCGGGAUGCCGUACUACUGGCCGGGAGCUCCACCGCAGCACGCACCCCCCCCGCAGCAGUCAUACCCACCUCCCGCAUUCCCGAGUAUGAGUGGCGCGGGUGAAAGCGGCGUGGAUUGGCCGCGCGACUCUGGAGUCGAAGCAGUAGGCGCCGGAGCAGCUUCCGACGCCUUAACCCAGGGGAGGGUUAAGUAUAAAUACACGGGCGUUACAGGCGGCGGAGAUGCAUGGCAUGCAAAGCUUCUGAUGCCCACCCCGUACAAUCAUAUCCGCAUGGGGCCGUUCCCGAGCGAGGAGGAGGAAGCAAAGGGAUACAAGGCUGCAGCUCUGGUGGUUAGGCCGGCGGGGUGUCGCAUCCAGCGAAGUAUUGAUCUCACACCGUCCGAGCAGCAGUUGCUAACCGGGUUCACCCGGAAACAUGUGGAGAUCCUAGCUGGGGCUGGACUCUGGCAAAGGUGGCGCGAAUGGCGGCAGCUUAUGCCAGAAAUUGGGGCGGCGACUCUUCUGCAGGUACCUCACGCUCCAACGAUGCUGCCUCCAAGGCAGCAAGCAGCUCCGAGCAGCAGCCAGGCCACUCAACCGCCGGGCAUGGGCCUGUCUGGUGCCCAGGGUGGGCACUAG